UGUGCCCAUUUAUGUUAAAGGAAGUCUGCAUGACUGUUUCCGGUUCUGCUUGUUGCGCAUUCUUUCCGCUUUUUCACGAACUGAAGGAAACACUACAAAAAGAAACAUGAGUAAAGCACACCCACCAGAGUUGAAAAAGUUCAUGGACAAGAAGCUUUCUCUGAAGCUGAACGGUGGCAGGCAGGUCCAAGGAGUCCUGCGAGGUUUUGACCCCUUCAUGAACUUGGUGAUGGAUGAUUGCUUGGAGAUGGCCCCUGGGGGAAUACAGAACACCAUAGGCAUGGUGGUAAUCAGAGGAAACAGCAUCAUCAUGUUGGAGGCACUUGAGAGAGUAUGAGGGCGGGGAUGACAGAACUGCUUGAAAGAAGUGGAAUAAUGGCCAUUACACUUUUUAUGUAAUUUCCUUUUUUCCUGUUGAUAGAUUAUGUAUUUGAUACGUUUAGACAGAUAUUUCAGUUGGAAAUGUUUUAAUUUUGAAAUCUUGUGAAUAAACUGGGUAUUUUGUUUUUA